GUCCGGGAUCACGCCAUGUCACUAAAAGCUGAACGGUUCGACGGGAAGUAGUUCAUUUGAUACCAAAAGCCUUGCUGUAAGCAUGGCGAAGCACCUUGACACGAUGUUACGAUCUAUUUUGCUCUUAGUCGCAAUAGGAUGCAUAUCAGCAAAAAAGUAAGUAACACUGACGUGCAUGUUUUUGUUACGUCUUAUUUUAUGGUGUUUCACGAAUCUAGCACCGCGAGCUAAUAUGUAGAAUAUAUAGCUAAUAUGUGGAAGAAAAUUUCCACACUGACAAGUUACUUCCUCGACUUCCUUGUCUGUCUCCUAAGGCAAAUUUUUCGACCGCUUUAUGAGUAAGGCAAAUUUUCGCGCGAGACAGGUGGACUGCGAGGUUGCUGAGUUCGCUGUCGUCAACAAACAAUCUACCAACAUUUCUUUUCAGCUGAUCAAUUCCAGACCCUUGGAAGCUUUUUGCUUUCGCCGAUACGAAGUCCGGAAGAAAAAAUUCGCAACACUUGAACAUUUUCGCGGCCCUUUAAGUCAAGAUUCUGGAUCAAAAGUAUAGCAACAGUUUUGGAGAGAGGACAGUUUGCUUAUCUUGACAAGCCAUUUUUUGCUUUGAUAUCAUCAGCUGUAGCAUUCCUGUUUCAUUCUCGUUUCAGCUUACAAAUGUACCACAUUCUGACGAAAUUUCAUUUCUCUGAUGCUUUAAGUUAAUAAGUUUGGUUCGAGUGAAAGGUUUAACAACUUUUCGAACAAGACAAACCCUCCAACAGCUCCAAGACCCUCGAACGUGGGAUUUAUCAUAUACGGCUGGUUCAAGUCAAGUUGACUUUGAAACCGGAAGCAAUAUGAUUUAACAACCACCCAAGCUUAUCUCGUUACUGUCGUUAGAUCACAGAAAUGGAAGUGUUUUUACAUAAUCCAUCUGUAAAAUGUCACAUCUUUUGUGAAAUCGAGCUGAUACAGGAACAUACUUCAACGCCAUAUAUACUAUGAACGAACUUCGCACUGAGGCCCCGGGCGGGGGUGGGUGAUUUCGAUGUGAAGGGUGCAGGGAUGUUCGUCGGAGAACUGGAAUUAAAAAACGUCCAAAGGGAAACAAAAAGUUAUUUGCUCCACCCAUAAAAAUAGCAUUGUAACACAGACGGACGGAUACAAGCCAUAUAGUAUACUGGUAUUGCGACGGUUGGCAUUGUGCUUGGGAGCUUUCGUUUUCAGGGGCACCCAACGAGGAUAUAGUUCAAAACCACUUAACAUAGCAUUGUUGAACGUAUUUUAGUAUUCAAACGGUAGAUAUAGGCAUAUUUUUAUCCCCUAAAAACUUUUCAUCUGUUCGGAUUUCCUAGCUGAAAGUCUAGUGAUCCGAAGAUUUCAGCCAGGAAAAGGCUCCCGAAAAUUCUAGGUGGCCUUUUUUAGGGUCAAAAUACGUUAAAAAUGGGUAAUUAUACCAUUUUGUAUAUGUUCGAAAAUCCUAGGAGAGGCAGGCAAGCAAGAAAUUUUACAACAAAUGCUCCGAAAAUUCUAGAUCUCAAAUCGUCUUCCGAACAGAUAUUUUCCCGAAAAUUGCCGUUGGAUGCCCCUGCGUUUUCUCUUCUUUCUUUCUUUCGUCUUUCUUCUUUUUUCCCUGCUCAUUCAUUCACGCACAUCUUAGGCAGUGUCGGUAUGGAUUCGUUAAUACAUCGGCUUUCCAAACCUUCACACCCUAACGUGAUACCGAAGUUUGCAAUUUACUUCCCUAAACGAGACACCAAGCAUCUCAACCACUUCCAUAUGAGAGCUCCCCCCUCCCCGCGCCUCUGGUCAUUAGGUGUCACUUUUUCUUUGCUCCGACCGUUCAAAACGAGAUCUUAACGAAUAAAAUAUAACACAAAAGAGAAGGGAGACUUUUCCGUGAGUACACUGCGCACAAUUACAUAAAGGCCGUUGAAAAAGUUUAUAAUACUAGUCGUCGUGAUUGUGAUGACCAGCUAUCGCUUGAGAAACAAGAGCCGAAAAAGGCUCAAAUGACCAGGGUAAGUAAAUAUCGAGUUUGAGGGAAAGCUAGGGUGUAGUUAUUGCUUCCGCUUGAAAUGAAUAUUAUGUUACGACAAAUAAUAACUGAAUUAGUGACGCGGAUAGUGAACUUCAAUAUGUUUCAUAAAGUGGAUAUUCCGAGAUUGAAGGGAAAGCGAGACUCGGGUAUUAAUUGGAACUCUUUGGAACAUUUUCUGUUAACUUCAAAAAAUUAAGAUCUCCAAUGCAUUGAUCCUUCGCUUUCCGACAGCAUUGAUCGGAAUAAUUUGAAAACAAAUCUUUAAGAUGUGUUCUGUUCGCACUAAGCCGAAUAAACUAUUGUCGAAAACUGCGAAACGUUGCUAGAGAAAUCACAUGAUUAUUGUUUUGGGGACGUCAGUGUUUUCUAAAAGUUCCUUUUUCAAAAUGUUUUCCGUCCACGCUAAUACGCAAAGCCUGUAUGAGAACGUUCUCAAAAAGCUCUGUUUUCGAAUUCGGUAGACAGUGGACCUGUAGGCCUAACCGAAGAGACAAAGCUGGGUUAUCGGGGAUACUAGCCUGGCCAGCGCCUAAAGCCCCGUGUAAACCGAUGCAACAUUGUUGGCCCAAGUGUUGAGAGUUGUUGCGUCCGUUUGCACGUACCACCGUUUUCAAGCUUUUGGGAACAACUCUCAACAAAACGCAACAACGUGCAACAGGGUGUGCACACGGACGCAAGAUGUAACAUCCAACAAUGAUGGGAGAGGUUGGCCAACAAUGUUGUGUCCGUUUGCACAGGGCUUAAGAACUUCGUAGUUGACGGAAGUGUAAAAUUUGUUCUUGGGAAUAUAUCACGAUAUCACGUGACAAGUCUUUGAUCUAAAAUGGAAAAAAAAAAUUGGCGGUGAAUUAGCUCUGAUCAGGAAACAUGCACGAGCACAAUUCGUGAUCAGGCAGUUCGAAUGACGGACAUUAGGAACGAGGAGGUUGGAAAAAAACUUUUCUUUUAACGUUUGCAGGUAUGCAAUCAUGGCCCCGAAUGUGCUCCACAUUGGGGUCACAGAGCAAGUCUCCAUUGCGAUAUUUGAUGCUGGGAACCCUGUGAAUGUAAAGCUAUAUCUACAGGACUUCCCGCACAGACGAAAGACAUUCUCCCAAGUACAGGGACGUGUAGAUCAAGGUGAUGCAAUCUUUAGUUAUUUCUCCUUUUUGUUUUUGCCAUUUUCUUUUCCCCACCCCCUAGGAAUGCCACUUGGGUGGGAGUGAUGCAGGAAGACAACAGCAAAACAGAUCAUAUCCCAGGCAGAAUUAUACCAGUGUCUUAUUUUGUUCUAUAUUUUUUACUCCCCAGGAAGCAACAUAUUUCUUCCAGUGAAGGUACGUAAAAUAGCACCUCCAUAUUUUGUGAAAAAAAAAUGAGAAAUAUGGUCUGAUUUUUUCUUGUUGUCCGCUGAAACUUUACUAUGCUUCUUUCGUACGUGCUCAAGUUCUUUCAAGCUAUAAGUGGUAAAAGUUCUCUGGAAAUUGCACUUAACGGGCAGCUUUCGGUGAAAACGCCUUGCAAGUUUCAAUCUCCUUGUGAAGUAAUUAAAAAACAACAACAACGACAAAAACAUCAACAAGCUUUAUUGUUGUUUACGCUUUGUAAAACACCUCAUUUUUGCAGCUUCAAAGCCUAAGUUCAGGGUUUGACAAAAGUCACCGAUUAAUCAGUGACGUCAAACUUUCGGCUAUCUAUUAUUUUUGUAUUUUAUUAUUAAUCGGCUCCUGAUUUUAUACAUUAAUUAGUUUAUGAUGUUUUAUCCAGGUUGAACCUCAGGAUCUGCCCGACACCAGCUCAGUGGAUAAACAAUAUGUUUAUCUGGUGGCCAAGUCGGAUGAUGGUCAUUACCAGUUUCAACAGGAAGCCAAGAUUCUUUUGAGCUACAAAGACGGGAUGGUUUUCAUACAGACGGACAAACCAAUUUAUACUCCCAGACAAGAUGGUACGAAGGACACAGAGAGUUGAACCUCUUAAUAUAUAGAUUUAGUCAGAGCUAUAAUAGCCUCCCACGCAGACGUUCUUAGGGGUUUUACAUGAUACAAUGGACUUUAAAUCAUCAAUUAAAAGCUAACAACUGGUCAGCGGAAAACUUAAAAAAAACAUGUGACCUCGAUGAGAGAGCCCGCGAUACAGUCAUGUGAAACUUGUCAGCAGAUACCCUGUUUUGACAGCUGUCAAUUGACCAUGACAUGGAUGUCUAUUAUCAAGUUAAACACAGGUUACAGGCUCCCACAUUAGCUAGAAAGUUUGAUAUUUCACAUUGGUUGACCUUCUCGGAUGGAUAGAUUACCAAUUUUUCUUUGCUUUUUAAGCGGCCACCCCCUAUUAAGCGGCCAGUCUUUAAAGUCCCCAAAUCAUUGUAGAAAAGAAUGGGGACUUAAACCUCUAUUAAGCAGCCAUGGCCACCUUUAGGCCGUCUCAACAAGAGUUCUCCCAUUGUUGUCACAUCUAUUAAGCGGCCAUCAAGCUCUUGAUGCGCGUAGUUUAGCUUCAUUUCAAGUAUACGCUGAAGGAAAAUACAGUCCAGAAUAGAAGGUGACGACCGAUUGUGAACCAGUACUACUUGUAGUGCUCCCAUCGCUUGUUCUUUUUUUCAAAAUAAGGUGAUGUUUCUCCUAAACAUUAAAUUAUGCUAAUUUAUGUCGAACUUCUAUUGAGGGGACAACCUUCAUUAAGCGGCCACUUGCCGGUACCCCCAGGGUGGCCGUUUAAUGGAAAUUAAAGUGAUAUAUUUACGUCUCGCAAAAACCACCUUUAUUUCACCGGCGGUGAAACUGACAAACGAUGAGCAUGAGAUACGAUCCAGAGCCGUACUUUUUGACGUGAUACACAUCUUUAUUUUCCUCUUUUUCUUUUCAGUAAAAAUUCGAAUUUUUCCGCUUGACUUUGGCAUGAAACCCUCUGGCAGAAAUGUGAGUACAAUUUGUCAUUCUUUCUUAAAUUUAAAUUUAAAAUCAAUAUCCUCUCCUCUUACGAGGCUUUCCAGCAAUUAUGAAACAAAAAAAUUCAAAUGGAACAAAAUGUGGUUAAGAAUCCUAACUGGUAAAUUAGAAGGCGAACCAGUUACAUAAUGCAUGGCUUCUGGCUUGCACGAGUUCUAAACCUUUAUUUUUUUCUUUUUUCUCCUAAAACAGAUAACCAUCAUGGUUCUGGUAAGUUUAAUGUCGCGUUUUUUUUCUACCACCUCAUCCCAAAUCAUUUUAACAAGCAAAAAAUGCCAUAACCAUAUACCACCAAGACCAAACCCAUUGUACUCUGACUCACCAUGUAACUCUGUUGACCAACAAUACUGCUACGAAUAUGUCAGCUUUUAAGGUCACCACUACGACAAAAAGCAGUUUCAUUUCCAACAAACCAUUCACCAAACUUCUCCAACACUAGGUACGGCUAAACUGUUCAUCCUUUAAGCCCAAAUGUCUACCUUAUUGUUAUACAUGAUUUUGCGAUUUGGGCGAGACAGUAUUUCGUGGUGUUUUUUUUUUUCACAAAUUUCAACAGGCAAUUAAUUUAUGAAAAAGGGCUUUAAAGUUCGCGAUUUAAGCGUUCGCAACUUCAUUUUAUUUUGUUGAAAAGUCUGCUCUUUAUAAAACUUCUAGUUAAACAUGAACAAGCAAUGUGUGAAAUCUUUGCAAAAUCAGUAACGUUUUUUCACAACUUAAGAUACAAAAUGAAGCUUACCAGAAAAACCAGUUAACAAUUGAUAUUGUCAAUACAUAUCCUGUAUACGUUGUUGCUAUUAUCAGUAAAUAAUUUUUUUCUGCGAUUUGAAAUUUCGCUAUUUUUUUCAAUCGCGAAAAACAUGAAAUUAAAGACCCACAAAAUUAAGGGCCAACAAGGAAUUAACGUCUAUAUACAAAUUCUCCAGACGUAUCUCCAUCUACUACUGCUACUAUUACUGACUGCUUCUGCUACUGCUCUUGCCUCUGUUACUACUACUACUACUACUACUACCACUACCACUACCACUACCACUACCACUACCACUACCACUACCACUACCACUACCACUACCACUACCACUACCACUACCACUACCACUACCACUACCACUACCACUACCACUACCACUACCACUACCACUACCACUACCACUACCACUACCACUACCACUACCACUACCACUACCACUACCACUACCACUACCACUACCACUACCACUACCACUACCACUACCACUACUACUACUACUACUACUAUUACUCCUCCUCCUCCUCCUCCUCUACUGCUACUACUGCUACUACUGCUACUACUGCUACAGCUACUGUUACUGCUAUUUCUUUUGCUAGUCACUGCUACUGCUACUGCUACCACUACUAAUACCACUACUUCUACUGCACUGAUAUUGCUUAUAUCGCUGCUACUACUAACGUAACCGUUUUCCUUUCAGAACCCACAGGGAAUCAGAGUCCAACAGUGGAAGGACCUGGAUUCAAGUACAGGUAGGACAUCUACAAGUUCUUUGUCAACUUAAUUUGCUUCCAGUUUUAUCUCCUACUCGUCCUGAACUGAACAAGGUUGGAUCAUCACUUUAUUGUAUGCGUUCAGAUGUGAGAUAUUUUUUUUCCUUUUUAUCAAGGAAUCAUAUCAAGGAGACUUGAGCUGGAUGAUUUUAUUCUGCUGGGUAACUGGACUAUAACAGCCAUAUAUGGUCAUCAGGUAAGUUUGCUGUUGUCCACGUAAUUACAUAGGCCUUAGUUUACAAAUACCGUUAAUGAAAAAAAGAACCUUAUCUCAUUUUUAUUUGUCUCACUUUUUAAAGGACGUCCAUAACACUUCGGUACAAUUCGAGGUAAAGGAAUACGGUAAGAAUAUUUUUUUUUUAGAUUAUGUGAAAAGUAUAACUGCUCGACCACCACGCCUUCUUUUUAUAUGACAUUAUUCCGUAAUAAUUGUUUUAGCAUUCGAUCACCGAGUUUGUUUUUUUUAAUGAAUAUCCUAGGGAAGCGAAGCGAUCUGCCAUUUUCACGCAAGAGCGAUCGCAAGAAGGAGAAAAACACGGUUUCCUUUACGCAUGUGCAGAAUACUAUUUGCAGCCAAACACAGUUGGACGGCAUUGCGCAUGAGCAGACCAUUAUUUGUAGGCAGUUAUUUGCAGGUCACGUGGUGGGCUCUCGGCCAAUGAAAAGAAAGAAAAAUUUGCUUCGAAUGAUAAUUCUAAUUGUUAUCCAUGCUUUAAUCGAUUUUUUUAGUUCUUCCCAGGUUCUCGGUGAGACUCAGAGUACCGCCUUAUAUCCUCAAAACGGAUAAUCAGAUCAGAAUAAACAUUACAACAAGGUAGGACCUCAUAGAAUAACAGUGACUGCGUACUUGCCUAACGUUUUCCAACGACUAUAUGUAAAUGCUAGUACACUUGUAGAUGCUUUCAAGAAUAUGAGAAAUCGGAAUUCUUGUGUUGUUUUUAAGUAUUCGUAUCAACUUUGUAAAGCAAAACAAUAGGGAUUUUCUUUACAGAGCGCCCUAUUGACUAUUUUCAUGGCCCGGUAAAAUAAAUGACUUCAUGCUAUACUAAAAACGGUCUACACCCUUAUGUCCAAGGUAGAGUACGUUACCUACAUCCGCAUAGUUAAUUUUUGAGAUAAUUGACCGCGGUUGCGAGCUUCCUUCGGUUGAUCAUCAUUUUUCUAAAAAGUUCCUGUGUGAAAACUUAGCAUACAGGUGGAUGAUAUCAUUGUUCGUUGUUUUUAGUAGUGGCACUGUUUUAUAGCUUACUGAAUACACCAUGUCAUCGGAUCUGACUCUGACGCAUCAAACUGAACGGCGGAUAGCUUUUGCGCUGGCGCAAAAAACCCUACCGAAUAGGGCUUCUGUUCACAUAUAAGAACGUUAAUUUUAGCGCGAUUUCUGUAACGGAGCAACGCUGCGCUGCGCCUAUCUUGAAAGUGGAGCGUCACAUAUCGGUUAGGUUCUGUGCCACACUUUGGUUCGGGGUGAACAGGUAUUCGGACCGUACCGAAAGUGAAUAAGUAGUGUGAAUAUAGCCGGCCUAGAGAACCAUCGAGGACUUAUCAAUCUCCGGCAGUUUGUACCCGGUCUCAUGGCGACGAUCAGUUAGUGGUUUGUGACCAGACGUGGUAGAGGUAAGAGAGGAUUACCGCGACGAUUACCCAUAUAAACGCACAUUUGAUCACAUUGUCUGGCGAAAAGAGUGGAACAAUGCUACGGGUUUCGUAGAAAAUUAAGGACAAUCGGGUCCUUUGUCUGUUGGCAAGACAGAGAGAAGGCAAAUUGUCGGUUGUCAGUUAAAUUUUAGGCUAUUUGUCAGUUGUAAGUUAACUCCACGCCGACUCUCAUAAGAGGGCACCUUGCAUUGGCUCCGUGUGCAUCCUUUGGUGCAUGCACAUCCGCAGUGGUCAGGUCUGAGACACUUUUUCUGGGCCCGGAAACCCUCUAGUUUAACCUCCAUUCAGGGGACACCUCAACACCUCAAAAGUGGCUGCAGACCACAAAGAGCGUUGAUAAGUUUUUCAAAGUGCCCACCAGUCACAAUGACGACAGCUUUCACAACAUAAACUAUUUCACUUAAAUCGAUAUACUGCACUUGUGGCAAUUCAACACACAAUAUCGCAGGGAUAAGUUAAUUUUUAAUACAUUAUCUGACAGCUUGAAAUAAUGACUGUAGCAGAAUCCGAGGCAGAUUAAAGAAAAUGUUUUUAAUUUGUUGGUUAAUUAUUAACAAACCCCAGCCCAAACUCCAUUCAGGGGACACUUGCCUUGGUCCCGAGGGUGUCCCCUGAAUAAAGGUUCCACUGUAUCUACCUUAAAAAUGUUUCACUGAGUUUGGAGGCAGCUCCCUCUGUUUGAAUUUUGAUGAAUUUCAUGCUCCCUUUACCCCUUAAGUCCUAAUAGUGACCAACAUCAGUUUUCUCCUAACGAUAUGCAUAGAUUGUCAAGAGCAAAGUCUGAGAAUUAAAAAAAAGAUCACAAAGAGAAAAAUCUUUGAUCUGUUAUCAAAUUCUCUGAACUGAUUCUUUAAGGAAAUGUAUAGUGAUCAGUAUGGAGAAUUUGUAUGUGGAUAUUGGGGCUUAAGGGGUUAACGCCUGUGCCAAUCUCUUUUAAGGUACACUUAUGGAAAGCCCGUUAUCGGCACUGCCGUUGUGAAUUUGGCUAUAGCCGGACGCAAUGGCACGAGCGUCCCAUUUGCUAAGCAUGCCAUCGUGGUAAGUUUUUCAGUCCUUUUAAUCUGUUCAGUUCUGCAGUUAUAUAACUGACACAGUUACCAGUCAUGGUCUUUAAGUAUCUCUGUAAGUCCUGUUAUACAAACACCUUCUUGCCUAAGUUUUCCUAUUAACGUUUUUAAAAUUUAGUCCGUAGUUGGUUAGUGUUAAAUUGAACCCUUUUUCUACAGUGACCAGUCAUAGUGUUUAAGUAUCUCUGUAAGUCCCGUUAUACAAACACCUUUUUGUCUAAGAUUUCCUAUUUAAUUCAAAUUUAGUCCCUAGUUUGUUAGUAUUAAAUUGAACCCUUUUUGUACUUUGUAAGAUUGGCGGCUUCAAGAGAAGAAUGUGAGAAUUUGCCUUAAAAUUGCCUUUAGUAAAAAGAUGGCGGGUUGAAACAAGAAAAUUUUCACCGUAAUGCUUUAAGCCUCCUUGGCCCCGGAGGGGAGGGGCCGGGUACUCCCUAUAAUGGCCUAUACGGGGAGGCUCCGCCCGAAAGGUGUACCUUUUUCAUGCCUCAUCAGGUAUAUAAAAGGGUAGGGAUUUCAUUAGUUAAAGUUGUUAUAAGGGUAGGCAGGGAAAUCUGUCUUUCCGUCUGUAAAAAGACCUAAAAGGGCUAAUAGAAGAAUUUGUGGGUGCGAAAAAGUCGGGAGAAUUUCCUGCUUUUGUGAUUUAUUCAUAUUUUAAGGACAGUGCUUUUACAGCAGUUAAAAGGGAUGCAAUGUUGUAAACUAUGUUUGCGAAAGGGAUAAGUUCAAGUUCCACCGUCUUCUACCCCUUCUACAUACAUUUCCUGUCCAAAAAGGCAUAUAAAAAGGUAAGGGGUUGGACCUCGCGGCGGAGCCUACCCUUAUAAAACUUUGUUGAGUACCUUUUCCUGGUCCUUGACUCCUGUCGCUCUGGAGAAAUUGCGUUUUCCAGUCGGUCUUUCAAACGCAGCGAUCAAUCUAACAACAAGACGGAAAAAAAACGGGAGUAUAGACAGUCUUACUUUUUGGAAUUAUAGUUGACUCCCUCUUAACGGACACCUCUGUAAAACGGACACCUAGAGUUGGUCCCUGCCUUUCUUUACUCCCUUUACUUGACUCUCUGUAAGACGAACAUCUCUUUUAGAAGGACACUUAGAGCCGGUCACAAAGGUGUCCGUUUAACCCUUUAAGUCCCAAUAGGGACCGACAUCAAUUUUCUCCACACGAUAUCCAUACAAUUUCAAGAGAUUAGGUUAUGAGAAUUAAUAAAAUGAUCACCACAGAGAAAAUGCCUUGAUCAUUUAUUAAUUUCUCUCAACUGUUUCUUAAGGGAAAUGUAUGGCGAUCAGUUUCGAGAAUUUGUAUGUGAGUAUUGGGGCUUAAAGAGAGAGUUAACUGUAUACUAAACGGUCUUGUAUGUUGUUUUUUUGGUUAAUAUAGCUUGACCAGAGUGGUGUAACCACACUGACAGAGCGACUUCAGAUCAUCCGGGACCUUCCAGGGAAUUUGUGGUUCCCAGAAAGCAGCAGACUUGAGGUUCAUGUUGACGUCAUUGAAAAAGCGACUGGCAACAAAGAGAGUGCAGGGGAUAUGUCUUGCCAAUUUACAUCCAGUCCAUACCUCAUUAAAUUUGCCAACACGGCAAAGUAUUUUAAACCAGGAUUGCGUUUUGUAGUGAAGGUAUGCCGGUCGAACUGAAUAUGUUAGUUUGAGUUAUGAUAUGGAAGUGAACAUGAUCUUCUCAUGAGAAUGAACAACAUUAGCGGUUGAAAAAGGACCUGAAAAAUACAAGCGUGACCGGGAAUUGAACCCUGACAGUUUGCGAUGACCGGUUGCAACGUUCUUUCCAUUGAACUAAUCAAGCUAAUCGGAGAGCGGGCCAUUUUGAGUUCGUAAUAUACCCGAUGGUGGAAAUGAAAUGAACUGAAAUGUACAUGUAUGAACUGAAUCUUACUUUGAACUGCGGAUAAAGAUAUGAAAGUGGCCAUGAUCUUCGCAGUAGAAUGAACAACCUAAGUGGUUGAAAAAGAGCCUGAAAAAUACAGGCUUUACCGGGAAGUUUAAGUCAUGAGUUUUGAAACCACGUUAUGAUAUUUGCAACGGAUGUACGUAUUGACUGUCAACAAGCAUGCGCAUUUAAAAUUGUCUGACAUGAAACGUUUAAGCCCCUCCGCCAUGAGGACCGUGAUGUAGGCUUCUUCAAGAAAAAGAAACUCCUUUUUAACGAAAAGGUUAAUGUAAACUACUUCUGGCUUUCAACAAAGUGUCAAGAACUUGUUAAAACCAGAACAAUAACCUUAUUUACGAUAUCCGCCAUUUUUGCACGCGCUUUAGGAUUGAUGGGAUAAAAACAAUGCCACGUGGUAUUUCAGGGGGCAAUCAGGUUAUAAAAUUUGCCAAUAUGAAUAAAUCACAGUCGAGCUUGUUUAUUCUCUUAAAACGGGACGACGAUUUACUAGUCAUGCAAAAUGACAAAUUGGACUUUCGACAAGUUUUGUGUCCUUAUUGCUUGCUUUGAGGACAUCUACGGUCGCUAAUGCAUUCUUAAAAUUAACAAUGAUCACUUCAAGCCAGAAUUUGCCCUUGUCGUCUUUUAAGAUAAAACGUUCUUCAUAUUAUGUUAUCUAGAAUAGAAAAAUCACCGCGAUUUCCUGUAAUGGCAAAUUUUUUUAUCAGUUUUUUGCCCGCCUUUAUCUCAUCAGUUCAUAAGCGCGUGCAAAGAUGGCGUGAAUAAGAUCUAUUGUACAUCGACUAAGAACAGUCCAGCCACUGCGUCCAGGUCGUAUUGCAGCAUGGAUUUGUUUUUCAGUAUUUAAUGCUAGUAUUUUUUUUCAAGGUCGCUCUUACCUACCCAAAUAAACAACCCGCCAGGAACGUGCCCAUGCAGAUCAAGGCUCAUGGAGUGCAGAGAGAUGGAGCGGAGAUACAGCUAAGAAAAAUUGACGAUGACCCCAAUUCAAGAGACUUCACGGAUGAACACGGGGAAGUCGAGUUUGUUAUCGACGCUUGUUCAAAUUGCGAUCCCAUUUCCAUUCAGGUAAAAUGAUUCACCCCGUUUUUUCUCGUAACCAGUGCUUUAUAAUAAUAAUAAUAAUAAUAAUAAUAAUAAUAAUAAUAAUAAUAAUAAUAAUAAUAAUAAUAAUAAUAAUAAUAAUUUAUUUCUAUAGCGCAUUUUCUUAACGCCCAAAUGCGCUUUACAGUGUCAAAUACAUUAUAACCUAUACACUAUAAAAUGUAAAAAAUCCUAAGAAUCGAAACAAUCAAAAGUCUAAAAGUCCUAAAAAUAAAAAAGAAAAAAGAAAAAAAAAUUGAAAGUCUAAAAAUAUGCUUGUCGAAAAAGAUAGGUCUUAAGCUUAGCUUUAAAGAUAGAGACAGAUGUGCUGUCAAUUUGAGCUUGUACGUUAGCUGCUCCAGUAGAAGUUGGUCAGCAGACCUAAGAGCUCGCGCGCAUAGGAACAUAAGGACUGAUGAGCUCAGUCAGGUAAGUUGGAGUACCUGCUUUCAUCCCUUGUUAAAAGUGGCGGGCGAAAUCUCGCCUCCAGAGGCGCCACUUAUUCCAUCCGUUCCCAGAAGCGAGAGGCCCUGGGAAUAAGCGAGCAUGUGGCCAAGGAUGCUAAAAUGUUCUAACGUAAAUGUUUUAGCGUAAUUGUUGUCCUUUCAAAGGGACAAGAAGCGGUAGUUCCUUUAACCCUUACAAACAUCUCGAAUUGAUUUCUUUAAUUUUUUUUUACACGAUUUAAAUAUCACAAAACACCCCGGAUGGAGAACUGUAUCACUUUUAUGCGCUAUUAUUUGAAAGCCCUUACUGCUUUUUAAAUUUUCCUUUUUGCCUAUGGCCUCACCCUUUUCUUUGUCUCUCAGUGUGUACAAUCCAACAAAGGCGUUUUGUGGAGGGACAUGGAGGAAGCACACCCAAGGCGACAAAUUUUUCUUUUUCUUUCUGAACUUAAGUGUGGUCCGUAAUUUCCCGAGAUUCAAAGUUUGACAAACCGACCGUCUUAACAUAAUCACGAUCACCGUAGCGAGCGCAUGCGCAAAACUGUGGUUGUUUAAUCUAUUUUCAACUUUGAUCGACAAAGGUCUCAGAUGCCAGUUUUUUCCUCGUUCAAUGCUUUCAUUGUGUUGUAAGUUUUAAGGUCGGAACACACUAGGGGAGAAGUCGCAGCAACACGUUGCGGCGACAAAUCGCUCUGUCUGUACUGGAGAAUUUUUCUGAAAAUCUCUGUCUCCGCAACAAGUCGCACAAAAUCAAAUCAGACUGAAUUUGUGCGACUUGUUGCGGCGACAAAAUUCUGUUGCUGAGACAAAGAUUUAGACAUGAAUUUACCAGUACACACGAAGCGAUUUGUCGCUGCGAUGUGUCACGCAACUUGUUGUAGCAACUUAUCGCCCGACAUGUACACACCGAGUGAUUUAUCCUCACGAAGUGUUGCAGCGACAUGUCGCUUAGUGUGUACCGACCUUAAAGAACAUUCCAUUGAAAAGCUCGGCUCCCCAAUAUGCUUAGAGUUAUUGUUUGGGUUGUCAGAUGAGAAUGAACAGUGUGUUGUUAAAAGUUUCCUAUAUUUGCCAUUUUUAGGUGAACACUGACGACGGAAAGCUGCAAAAAGACCAGAACGCGUUGGCCAAUUUGUUGGUGAUGCCGUUUGAUCCUCAAGGACGUCCUCUGAUCAUGGUUCGCCAGCUUACAAAACCAGGGAAGGUAUGGUGUACCAUUUUGACCCAAAUCAUAGUUAUUUAAGCUACUUGCAAACGGAUAUGGAAUACCGUAAAAUUCCGAAAAUAAGCCCCGGGGCUUAUAUUUUUCAAAGGCCCUUUUUGAGGGGCUUAUUUUUGGAGGGGCUUAUCUACGGAAGGAAAUUUGCGUUUCAAAACCGAUUGGGUUAGCCUCAUAACUGGAAGUAAAUUUACCGUUUUUGCUUUGUUUUGCUUUGUAUUUGAGGGCAAUUUUCCAAGUACAAGCCCCCCCCCCCGGGGGGUGGCGCUUAUAUUGGGAGGGGCGAUUUAACGGAGGGUUUUUUGCGUUGCCGGUUCGGGGGGCUUAUAUUUGGAGGGGCUUAUACAUGGAGGGGCUUAUUUUCGGAAUUUUACGGUAUGUUGUGAUUCUGUUGUGGUUCAAGCCAGUUCUGUCGACUAAGCGCCCUAGGAUGCAAGAUUAUCGCAAAGAAUCUAAACUCGAACGCACUCAUUAACGCACUCCGCGACUAAGAACAUGUUAGGCUAAAAUUUGCCAGUUAGGCCUCCUGUUUAGCUUAAAAUUUGAAAGUGUUUUUUUUAAUCUAUGGGCAAUAUGAUCUUUGGAAAAUAAGAUAAGUCAACAUUCACGAUCCUCUUUGUAGACAUGCGUGUCUUAUCACUCCAACUGCAUGCAAUGUAAGGGUAUUCAGAUUUUAUAUAAGGAAUAUGCUGAAUAUACCACAGCUUGCCAAUGUAUUCUUUUCUUCAGAAAAUAAGACAGUGUUUUGAGUACCCACAAGGCCUACAUUUUUUUAUUCUAACUUGGGAAAAUGCAGGUUCUUAGUCGCGGGUUUUGUUCUAUAUCGUUGUCUAUGAUUUUGAGAAGUUCCGCCAAAGGGACACAACCAAGUGUCUACUUUACAGAGGUGUCCGUAUUAUAGAGGUAGGGAAUGUAUGAUUUUUGGUAUUUCUGGGACCAAACUACUGUAUUUAUGAACAAUGGAAUGGCAUCAACUACUUAGUUAUUAUUCCAACUCAAUAAAAAUGCUGAAUUGUUUUAUUCAUAGGUUGGUCGCAAAAUACAGUGUGAAAGUUAUAGAAAUGUCAACGAUGGUCCCAAAAGACUAUCUUUUGUGGUAAGAACAAAAAUGAAUGUAAAUUACUCCUAUGCAGCUGUUUCCCUAUCAAAAAAGACGUUAGGUGUCAUUUUGAUAGGCAUAAUUGCAUUUCAACAUGUUUCAGUUAUUUAAAACUACACACCUAAUGCCCAUUUGCACUCUAAAAUUUUGAUUACACAGGCAACAUCAUAUCAUGUUGCACAGCCAUUAACACGUUGUGCAUCUAAAAAGCCACGUGACAUUGUUCCCAUCAGUCUUAAGGGGCGUGCAAAGAUGGCGGGUAUCGUGAAUUAAGUCUAUUGGAGGAAAAAAAUUGUUAGACUAACAUAGGAAUAGAGUUCAGCUUUUAAUAGUUUGGUACACCAAAUGGCCCCCGUCACUUUGUUUGCGAUGCAUCAAUAUGGCCGCCUCGACGUCAUGUCAUUAACCGCUAUUGGGAAAGGAGAUUGUUAUUUUUGCCGUGUUAAAAUCACUGAAUCAAUCAUUCCUCCUUGUUCGUCGAAAAUAUAUUCACUGAGUGUAAAGUUUUUUUGUUCUUUUCUUUUUUCAGGUGGUAUCUCGAGGUCGGAUUCUCUCCCACAACACAACGGAUCCAUUUGAUGGGAUGUUCAGAAGCUGGUCCUUCCGUAUAUCUCCACAAAUGUCUCCAUCGGCGCGUCUGAUUGGCUAUUACAUUGACGAUAAUGGAAACGCUGUAGCUGACAGCGUUCUGCUUGAAGUUGAAGACAGUCUUCCAACUGAGGUGAUAAAAAUUCCAGUCUUUCCUUGAGCUAUAUUCCAGAUUCCAAAGCCCAGGAUUCGGGAUUCCCAAAUUCUCAAAUCCGAAUUCCUUUACAUGGCAUGAAUCGUCUUGUUACUUUCUCUUGUUAUCUAGGUUACUUUCCCUGAUGCUUACAAAAUUCAACCGGAUGGCUCAUCUGUUCAACUUAACGAAGUCCAAAUACAACCAGGAUUGCCAUACAGAUUGGGCAUUAAGGCUCCUCAAGGAACGAGAUUGGGACUCCUCAGUGUGGACCAAAGUGUUUACCUGUUGCGAAAUGACAACAGGCUCACAAAAAAGCGAGUAAGUACUAUAGCUGCAAAGUACUAGGUCCGAGAAUUCUGUCUCCGAACUCACAGAGAGCCUUAACUGUACUUAACAUAUUAUUAGGUAAAAUUUAACACAGGGAUUUUCUCUGGGGAGAAAUAUCCAGUCAAGUCUCAUCCCGAGACCUCAGACUUCCAGCACCUUUCAGAGGAUAUGUGCCGAUGGAAGGAGUGCCGACUUUUGCUUAUUAUUAUUAUUAUUAUUAUUAUUAUUAUUCACUUCACUUCCCGUCAUUUUACUUUACUUUGUUGGUUUUCCAAUUGAAAAAAAAAAGAAAGAAAAAUGUACUUUAUUUAUUUGAAUGUACUUAUAGUCACACACACUGUUUUUACGUCUCCUAGUGGAGACGGGACUGUCGUCAUCCAAGCCAAGGAAAAGGCAGUAUCAUCGAUCAUUUCUCAGAUAUUUUAAUAUCCCGAGUAUUGUUUCGACUCUUAGGAUAUAGUCCACGACCUGACCCUCUCUGCAGUCAAGCUCUCUGUCCACUGAGUUAGUUCGGCCGCGGUUAGAGGUCCUUACAUGACAUUUAAUCCUCAAUGUUUCUCAUAUUACUGAAAAUCAACGUCUUAACAUACGGAGGGGUGUAAAGAGUUUGGAAGAAUAGCUCCAAGAUGUAUAUGUAGGAGAUGUGAUACAAAAUUGUCUUUGUCCCGAGUACCGAGGGGCUAGAUUUAUUCUUCUACUAGAUUCAAAAGACUACUCAGUUUAAUCAAUGUGGCUUCAAAUCUGUCUUUGCAGCCGCUGUUUGAGUCUCUAAUUAAAUUUGCUCAUUGUUAAUCAUUCGCACAGAUUUUCAAAACUGCGGAGGCUCUCGACCUUGGGUGCGGUGUAGGCGGAGGAAAUAACAACAAUGAUGUCUUCAAGGUUAGUAUCAGAGCUACAAAAAUAAUUUUAGGAGAUAUUAUUAGCAAAGAUACUGGUGGCAAAUUUGAAUCAUUCUAUUAACAACACAUGUUUUUUUUUAAAAAAAAUCUUCUUUCCUCCAUUGCAGAAUCACAAAACACUGAUUGUUGUUGUUGUUUUUAUUUUAAGAAUGCUGGUGUUGUUUUGAUGACUGCAAAUGGCGUUAGCGAGAUAGAUGGACGAAAAGGUGCGGAAAAUAUUGAUAACAUCAUGGUAAAUUGUGGCCUGCGAGCAAGCUUUUAAUAAUGGCGAGCGAAGCGUGCCGCGAGACAACGCCAGAGCGGUUUUUGCGUGACUUCUCGCGCAUCCCAAAAUUAAGAGCUUGCUCUCAGGCUAGAUCCAUUGGAAACAGCUUCUCCCACAUCACAUCUUUUAGAAUUGAAACGUUGAAAGCUGUUUCCUCUCAAGCGUUAUGUAUCCAUUGAGUUUUCAAACUCCUCCCUUAUUUACGUUUUCUUGUAAGUCGGAGCAUCUUCAAAAUAUGAUCUUCUGUGGUUGUUUACGCUGAAACUCAUUACUGACCAAGAAGCUUUUAUUGAAACUUCCGAGUUGUUACAACUUAUCUAUCCAUCAUUCAUCCGUCCGUCCGUUUAUCCACCCACCCAUCUAUCCAUUCAUCCAUCCACCCACCCAUUUAUCCAUCCAUCCAUCCAUCCAUCCACCCACCCACCCACCCACCAUCCAUCCAUCCAUCCAUCCAUCCAUCCAUCCAUCCAUCCAUCCAUCCAUCCAUCCAUCCACCCAUCCAUCCAUCCACCCAUCCAUCCAUCCAUCCAUCCAUCCAUCCACCCACCCACCCACCCACCCACCCACCCAUCCACCCACCCACCCAUCCAUCCACCCACCCACCCAUCCAUCCAUCCAUCCAUCCAUCCACCCACCUACCCACCCAUCUAUCCAUCCAUCCAUCCAUCCAUCCAUCCAUCCACCCACCCAUCGAACCCAUCCAUCCAUCCAUCCAUCCACCCACCCACCCAUCCAUCCAUUCAUCCAUCCACCCACCCACCCAUCUAUCCAUCCAUCCAUCCAUUUAUUGCAUCUUUUCAUUCGUUCGUUCGUUUAACAUUCAUUAAUUCAUUCAUUACAUUUUUCUCUCAGAUUACGGCUGUGGCGAUGGUAGCUCGCGAAAGAAAAGAAGUGCUGGUGAUGGUGCAGGAGGUAACACGUUGGAAGGGGAGAAAGGGAAUAUUAACAGUGACAGACCACAAAUAACCAAACAAUUUCUCUAAACUGGCUCAUGGGUACCUUGCUAUGGUGGUGGUUGAUGUACAGUUAAAUUCUUACAACUUCCUAUAAUGUACCACCUCACAGGACACCAUUCUAACAUUCACUCUGGAAGCGAAAGGGUUUAAUUAAGUCACACUUUACUAUAAAUUUUAGACUUCAGUAUCCUCAAAUCAUACUUUUCACUUUUUUCCAUAAUUUUCCUAUAACGAUACGAAAUCAUCCGAAAAGUUUUGAAACGUUUGUGUGCCAAAGUACCGAAGAUUCAACCAACGGGUAAAUCGAACCAUGUUGCGAUCAAAGGAAUCUCGGCGAGGUUAAAAGGAAAACAAGGCAUAGUUUGACAGUAAUGUCCCGUAAACGAAUUCGUGUUGUUGAUUUACCAGAUGCUAAGAUGAUGAAGGCAUGCUGCGAUAUGGGUAAAACUAACCCCACAAAUAAGACGUGCGUCAAGCUAGCUUAUGACAGCCGUUUAGGACUGCCCAACAGAGAGUGCAGAAGAGAAUUCUGGAAAUGCUGUACGAGCCUGUACGGAACGGCAGGUAAAUUAACUUAGUUGUUACAUAGCUAGAACGUUAAGACAAGAACAUAUGUAGAAGUGAAGGAUUCUUGAUAUUUUGAAUGAAAAAUAAAACAAUUACAAGAUUCGUGAGUUUUCCAGUUAUGAUCUAAGGAACUGUUGAAAUUGACCUUGGUGAAUAACAUCCUCCCCGAUCUCAAUCUAUAAUUAGAUAAUACUCAGCCUCAUCCAGUAAUUGACCAAUUACGAUAUACGUGUAUUAAAAUUCAUACUUGGCUCCGAGGCUUGGAAAAAAAAAAGAAAUGUAUUAUUCACUGCUGAGCCGUAAGAAGACUUCUUUUGUUCAUUCCACCAAGCUUCGCCGCCAAGUAUGAAUUUUAAUUUAUAAAAAAGUCGAAAUUGGUCUUUUGCUUAUUAUCACCAGAUAUGGCGCUGCUUGGGCGAAAUGCAUUUGGCGACGGUGACUUUGGUCCCAGUGAUGAGGAAAUCCUCGACCAAACACAAGUGAGAUCGUUCUUCCCAGAGACCUGGAUCUACGAUGAAAAAGUUGUAGGGUAAGAGGGGACUUGAUAAAAUUACAGCUACGUUCAUAACCUGUAGUGCGAGCUUAUCUUGGGUGGGCCAAAGCUGCUUGUUUAUGUUCGUUUUGUUGUAGCCGCCACCUUUGAUUUUAUGACAGAGGAAGAAAAAACAUUCGCGCACCCAAAGAAUUAGAUUGGAAAUAUAGUCGAACCGCCACCUUCAGUCACCUUUUAGCAACGGCCACUUUGUUUUGGCUUUCGGCGGAUACAUUCACAUUUAGUCUUUGCUCGAAAUCAAGCUUUCUGCAAAAAAAUAAAAAAAUCACUGAAAAACAAACAUCAUUGGCACAGGGGAAAAAUGGGCAAUAGUUGACCGGCGUGUCCCAGAAAUCUUUGCGAAAGCUAACUCAGCCCAGUUUCCUUCUUCGUUUGUAAAAGUGGCGCAUGGAAAGUAAAGGCUCCACUGCUAGUGUUUUAAGCGAUUAAUGGAGGAGCACCCAGCGGCUGUUUCCUCUUAAAUGCGUUGAAAACACUUUUUAUGCUAUCCAGAGUACUUUUAGAUCUCUAGAAAUGCAUUCUAAGAGGAGCUAUAAAAAUUUGUAUCUGUUCGGUCAUCCUAGGGGAACUUGAGUCUUUUUGAAAUUACAAGGGCUUCAGUUUUUAUUUCACCGUAAAUUUUAGAUAUAAUUUAACGUGUUACGAAAGUGAUAAUUUUGCUAAUUCAUCCGCACAUUUUUGAAUCCGAAAAUUUUAGGUUUCCUUUUUUCUACGAAAAAUAGCCUAACCCGAGGAGUGAAAUGUGAAAAAUUAAAUUUUAGAAAAUCGUAGGGGAUUUAUUAGAUAAGUUUCGAAAUUUGUACAUGGAACAGUCAUCUAGAAAUUUUUGGCCGUCCUAAUCUAAUAGAAAAUUCUAGGCAAUAUUUGCUUCUCCGAACAGAUAUUUUACAGAGAACAGCCGUCGGGUGCCCCUGGAACUAAUUAGGAACUCGAUUUUUUGGAAUGACUCCCUGCGGUAGUAGCCAUUUGAUGAAACCACUAGUUACUGACUGAGUACUUCUACGUAUGAGAAAUUGCAACUAGUAAGGAACUGCUCUUUCCUGGGGUCUCAUCUUAGGACUCGUUCAUGUAACGAAUCUAAUCCUUUCAAUUAAGUACAUGAAAUGAUGAAUGUUUGAGUCAAUUAAGUCCCACAAAUUUAACUUGUGUCGACCCAUGAAUUAAGAUCGAGUGGCCCACAUGGGAAUACAGUACUAAAGUGAUGACGUCAUAAAAAUGAAAUUUCUGAAAUUAUGGGAUUUGUCAGGACAUUCUGAAAGAACAAUGUCCAAGAGGCCUACUUGCCAAAAAUGAGCAUUUCGGGGCAAAUUGUCUCGGAGAUAGUAGCCCAGUUAUACUCAGAAAACUCCAUACAAACCCUUCUAGUUUUUUUAUGGAUUGACCCAAAAAAAUUUUACAAGGGUUUGUAUGGAGUUUUCUAAGCAUAACUGGGGUACGAUCUCAGAGACAAUUUGCCCCGAAAUGCUCAUUUUUGGCAAGUAGGCCUCUUGGACAUUGUUCUUUCAGAAUAUCCUGACAAAUCCCCUAAUUUCAGAAAUUUCAUUUUUAUGACGUCACACUUUAGUACUCUAUUUGAACUGUGGAGCAACUUCGCUUCAAACGUCGAUCUUUUCAUGUGCCGAACCUAAUGCAUACAUUACUAGAAAAAUGAUUUGAGUCUGACCAGUGAAGUUCGACGUCUGAAUCAACUUAGACCAUUUUGGUCGACCCAAAUAAGCAUUUACAAUUAAGUCUGGUACAUACAGUCGACUCCCGAUAACUCGAACCUUCAAGGGAAAUAGAAAAAGGUUCGAGUUAUCGGGAGAUCGAGGAAAAUAGCCGAGAGUAAGGUAAAAAACAGUUUUUACUGCACGGUGAGCAUUUUAAUCACAUUUAAUCACGACAGAAUUGUAGAAAUGUUGAGUGAAAAUUCAAAGAUACUUAAAAAAAUUAUAAAUCAGAACGUAAAGUAACAAAACGUUGCCCAAAUAGAGCAUGCAUUUUACUUUUUGAGAAGUAAAGCUAUUUCAAGUUAGAUUUGUGACAAACAACAUCAGCCUCCACUAUCGAUCCACUAGUAAACUAUAUGCCUACAACAGGUCAAUGGGAAAUUCAAAAUUCAAUGUUUCGGAGGCAGUACACUGUUUUUUCCCGACUUUUUAAGGGCUCAAAACAUGGUUCGAGUUAUCGGGGGUAAAAUUAUGUAGAAAUGAUCUGAGGGGGAACAAAAAUUACUUUGAGUUAGCGGGAGUUUUGAGUUAUCGAGGGUUCGAGUUACCGAGGGUAAAAUUACAGUAUAUGUAUAACGGAAAUCCAGGGGAAAUCGAUUUUGGUUCGAGUUAGCGCGAGGUUCGAGUUAACGAGGGUUCGAGUUAUCGGGAGUCAACUGUAUAAGUUCGACGUUGAACUAGGCCUUAGAGCCCGUAAGGUCUCUAAUGAAUGCGGGCUCACUAUCCUUAGGAACAGAACAAUAGAAAAAAUGCUCUUACCUUUAACCUAACUGUCGCAGAUGUAACACCAUAUUCUUUAUAUUAUUAUGAGAUUACAAGCUCAAAAAGGCACCUACACUUAAGACAGGAUUCUAGUUUGGUGGGAAAAUCCUAACUUUGGCCAUCUUAAACUUACGUUAUGGUGUGCCGUCCGUAAUUCAUUUGAGUAUAUUGUUCGUAACCCACAGCCGCGGAGGACUUGUUGAGAUGGAUGUUACAAUACCAGACACUAUAACCACAUGGGUAAUGCAGGCCGUGGCUAUCAACAACAAAACAGGCCUGGGACUAGCAACACCACUUAGAAUUGUGGGAUUCAGGGAAUACUUUAUCUCUCUCAAGUUGCCAUACUCAGUCAAAAGAGGAGAACAAGUUUCCCUUUUGGCAACAGUCUUCAAUUACCACGACCAGGAGAUGCGGGUAGGCGUGGGGAAAAAACAUAUUUUUCUUGUUAAAUUUCUAUUUUUGUAGUAUUUUAAAGCAUCUUAAGUUAGUUUCAGCUGUUGCCUUUGAUUAAUGAACUUAUUGAAAUGAUUGCCUUUGAUUAAUAAACUUAAAUGUUACCCUGCCAUUUUUCUUCAGACUAAUUAAACAUUAAUGAUAAUGAUUGUGAUGAAGAAUAAUUCGGCGUAUAAAGAACCAGGGGACAAUCCAAGAUUUAACAAUGUAUCCUAAAUGUACCUGCACUUUUUUGUAAUUAUACAGUAAAAUUGACAAUGUGAGUGAUAGGGUAGCCUGCGAAAACAUCCGUUUCUCCUCGCUCUUCGCCGCUGGGGACGUUUCGUGCGAAACGUCCCCAGCUACGAAGAGCGAGGAGAAACGGAUGUUUUCACAGGCCAGUGAUAGGGGCGAUGAUUUAAAAUAAGGCAAUGUAAUCGAUCAUGCAGCUGCCAGGCGGUCACUGCCAUAAAAUGCUCACAAACUCAAUCAUUGGGAUAGUGAACACAAUUUCAAAUGGCCCUUUAAUCUCUUAUUCUACCCAUAGUUAGUAGAGGAAACUGGUUAUGAAAGCCAGCAAACAUCAAAGUUGUAAACAACGGUGCUGUAGUUAAUGUUGGAAGCUCCCUGACCGUGCACAAUCCUUUGUUUAUUGUUCACAAAUUGUAACUGAAUAAAUUAUUGCAAUGUUUCUAUUGGUCAGUAAGUUCAAAAUGAUAGGAAUGAUAUUGAACGUUGUGCACGUUCAGGUCCAAAAAAGCCAACGAAAACACAAAGCAAAGGAGUCCAACGGGUUUCAUAACCAUUGACUUUCUCUUUAAUAACUAUGUUUUACCGUUUUUGCUUUCCUUUCGUCAGGCAAAACUAUAUAUCAAAGGUGACAAACACUUCUGCUCUAUUGCUGCGGACGAUAAACUCGCUUUGAUUGGAAAGGUUGACGUACCAGCCAAUGACGCAAGAUCUGUAGCAGUUCCUAUUGUUCCCAAGAGAAUUGGUGAGAUUGAAGUACAAGUGUCGUCCAUUCUUCAAAUUAAAAUUGGCAACAGCUACAUGAAUUCGGCUGGAGAUGCUGUGAUAAGAAAACUUCUGGUUGUGGUAUGUGUUCUUUAAUUGGAGUGAGUUACGCUAUGCAGACGACAUUUUACUUGAAUUCGUUUUCGCGUAUUUUUAAAAAAAAUAGACACCCUGUAAAGCUUUAUUGUACUUUUUUUUACCAGAACAGUUAGUAGUACAUAUAUUUUUAUUGAAAGGAGGUUAAGCCCUCUCCCAAUCGCAGAAUGAGAAAACUUCUAAACUUUGAUAGCUUGUUUCCACCACUACGACAUUCUCGCUAAAACUCGUAGUAGAAUGACGACGGCUCGUUUUCCUGCCAAAAUAACGCUGUUCCACGCGUGCGUACUACUUAGUAUUGAGAAAAUAUCGUACUCGUAGUUUCCUGGUCUUAGAAAUGGUGAUAAUCUUUGCAAUCAGCUGCUCUUGUGACGAGACUGAUGACUGACGUCAUACAUAUGUGACGUGUAGCUAUUCAAUAUUCGUGUUUUGAUCCUUUUUCGUGAAUAUGGGUAAAAUGGAGUCAACAGAUAGAUUACAUCCUUUUUUCACUGCCGGCCUGUAUUGUUUAUAUUAAUUAAAUGAAUGAAACCUGAAAAGGCAAAAGUUUUCAAUGUUUUUUUGUAUGGCCCCCCAGUAGCAAGGCAAAUAUAGCCCUAUCUCUUUAAAGGACAUACAAGUUUAUAAGGACUUUUGGGUAAUAAUCUAUUGAAAGAAAACGUCUUUAAUGUAUUGGAGCAGCAACGGCAUAUGUUUUCGACCGCGACAAACUUGAUUUCCGCAUGACUGUACGCCUGAGGGCUAACCAGUAUGUAUCCAGUUUGUUUUACAUUUCCGCUCUUCCGUUUUGAAAUUAAAAUCUUAUAUUUUAUUGAUAGCCUGAAGGAAAGGAGCAUCAGAAAUCACAAUCUUUCGUCCUGGAUCCAAUGGGUAAUAACUGUUGUAAUUUUUAAAUAAUGUUACAACCAAAAUUUAGCACCAACCCCUUAUAUAAUAAAACACUUCAGAAUUAUUAGUAGUAAUUAUGCAAUAAUAGUAAUGAUCAUGAUUAUGAUAAUGAUAACGACAACAGCAACGAUAACGAUAAGAGUAACAAUGAUGAUGAUGGUAAUAAUAAUAAUAAUAAUAAUAAUAAUAAUAAUAAUAAUAGUAAUAAUUUUAUUUUUAAAAUUGAAAAAAUUUUAUUGACAACAGUGCUAACUAAUAAUAAUAAUAAUAAUGAUAAUAAUAUUAAUAAUAAUAAUAGUAAUAGUAAUAGUAAUCGCAUCAACCAACCACGAGUAUAUUUUUUAGAUUUGGGGUUAAAUGUUUUUCGAUUUCAAUAUUGUGUACUGAUUGUUGAAAAGAUUAAUUCAAUUAACAUUUUUAUUUUAGGUCAUCUUAGCGAUAAAAGCAACAGUGCAGAAAAGAAAGCAGUCAAGCCCACUCAAGCAGUCUUCCAAAGCCAAAGUACGAAUUUUGCCACUUUUAGAUAAUAAUUGUAACAUCGCCCCUUGCAAAGGAAUCCAAGACAGUCUUGAGUUAUGGACUCCAGGGAUUGGAUUCCGGAUCAUCCAGGGUUUGGAUUCCGGAUUCCGGGCAUUGGAUUCCGGAUUCCAGGCAUUGGAUUCCGGAUUCCAGGGAUUGGAUUUAGGAUUCCAGUAUUGGAUUCAGGAUUUCAGGUAUUGGAUUCCGGAUUCCAAGUAUUGGAUUAUGGAUUCCAGGGAUUGGAUUCCGGAUUCGUUGUUAGCGCAACUUGGAUUGUGGAUUCCAACCAUUAGUAGGGAUGCCGGAUUCCUUGAGCUGUAUUCCGGAUUCCACUAGCAAAAAUUUCCCAGAUUCCGGAAUAUGCGGACUCCCUCACUUAGGGCGAGUAUCAGUUGCCACAAGAAAUGUCGUUAAUAUAAUUAAUGGAGCCCUAUACCUGAGAGAAAAUGAUUAGUCAAUUUCAAAAUUUAUAAUCUUGUACACAUGGUAUCGGUGGACUGAGGUCUGUCUUAUCAGCUGGUAAGAAUGAUGCAGUGGCACCCAACGACCGAAUGUUUUCAAAUUUGGGGAGCAAGGGAUGGCUCCGGGGUGAGAGCGCUCGCCUCCCGGUUUUCCCCUCUCCUCAAAAACCAAUUCGACCAGGAAUCAGGUAGACGAAGAACCACUUUGCGGAUGUGCUACCUCCAAAUCACUAUUUAUUUAUUUAUAUUUAUUUAUUUUUUAUUAAAGUACGUUAGAAGUGUUCGUUUAAAUUGGUUUCUUUACACUUGACUUUUCAAACCUCUUUGGUUAAUUUGGAGCUUCCCUAAAAAUUAAUUGUCUGUUCGGAAGAAUCUAGGGGACGCUUUUUCUUAAGACCGACAUUUUCAGGAGACCUUUCUUUAAUAAUAACCUUGGAAAUGAUAAAAAGGAAAACACAACUUUGAAAAUCUUAGGUAAGCUAGUAGAAAAACGUCGAAUAUCUACGACGAAUGUAACGUACGGUUAUCCCGAAAUUUUACGCCUUUUGCCAGCUUUAGAAAAUAAUUUUUUAGGCAAUAUUCUACUCCAUUGAACUGUUAUUUUACAGGAAAAAGUAGUGGGCUGCCCUAUGUUAAAUUACCCUGAAAUAGCAAACUACCUCUUUAAAGUGUAGAAGAACACAUAAGUAAUGCAAAAGAGCUUAACAAGGGCUUUCGUUGAACCAACAUUUUAAAAGUGUAUCUCACGGUCAAUAAGUCUGAAAUUGCUUGAUGGUGUGAUUUAAAGCGUCUGUUAUGAGUGAGGGAUUUUACUUCUACUUUCGUCAGUUACUUUAUUCGUGUCUUUUACAACUUUAGUGUAUUUUACCGCAGAAUCUUUGAGACGUGAUGGACCUCUACACAUUGUUGAAUUUAGCAUUGAUUUGAAGUCCCAUAAGGAUGCCGUUCCUGCCUCAGUUGGAGCAUUCGUUUACCUGACAGGUAGGAUAUUCAGUCAAAACAGUCAAUCGUGAGCGCAGAGAUUAUUUUCUCUUUCUCCUGACUUUAAGGAGAUUUGCUAAUAGCUUAGCUAGCCUGUUCACAGACCCUCUAUUUUCUCUUCAAAGUCCGUCGAGCGCGAAGAAUUUAUUGAGCACCAGCGCAAGGGGGGCUCGUUCUUUAAGCCAAGAAGCCAAAAAAAGCGCGCCUUCACAUCAAGUUUUACACUGAAAUUGUGGAACGAUCUGACACUUUAAAAUGGAACGAUCUGGCUUGGGACGAUCUGACCAUGGAUCGAAGAGACCGUAAACCAAAAUGAUAACCGAGGCAUGAAUGGAAUUUAAAGUUUCCGAAGCACGUACUUUAAGUAUCCCUUAUUUCCCCUUGCUUGUCAGUUAGCGAUAGAAUAAUUUUUUAAAGUGUUUUUAUGACAAUAAAUGUUGGUCGGAGUGGUUUAUAGCAUUUUUCAGCACUGUGUAAUUUUUUUCGAUCAAUACAACAAGCUUUUUCUUAGCGAUCGGGUUUGCAUAAUUACAACACCAGAUACGCUAGCAGUGAAAAUAUAUUUUCCACCGUUAUUUAGCCUCGAAUUCUUUUUUACAGUUUGUCGCCUUCAGGCGUCGCGCCUAUGGUUAGGGCCGCACUUGAUCCACUCAUAUCUGAUUUUACCUGGUUUUGCGGUUAUUUAAGCGAUAAAUAAUUUACGUUCGUUUGAGCGAAGCUAAUUAGAACGUAAUCUCUAAACAGUAAUUUCGUUUAUGGCAAUCGAUCUUUGGAAAUAUCUCCCUUUGCACGUCAGAUUUUUAAACAAGCGUCUAAAAGCGCAUCUCAGUUGAACUAAAUAGUUACAACUAGAAAUCGUCCUGGCUAGUUAACUUAGCCCCCAGAGUCUUAUAGUACAUUUUUAGUUCAUCUGUAAGUCGUUUUUUGUGUACUAAAGAGAAUGUUAUUGCAGAUUGUAAAUUGGUAAAUUAACCAAAAGAGCUAAGAAAGUCUGUCUGUCUAUCCGUGGGAUAAUAAUAGUACCAACUAGUAAAAUGCGAAAUGAUUGAUGUGCGAAACAUGGUCGUUUUUCUUGCAUAACAGUUCAUCAUAACAACAGAAUAAACCUAUCUAAAAAAGAGUUUAGUGGGACAAUUUUGGGUUGCUCAGUUGUAAUCAGUUUCUCAGUUGUUUGAGCGAAGAUUAAAAAUUUUUACCCAGAGGGUUCAGAACUUCUUUAAUUUUAACUAGAGGUGGCUGGAGAUUAUUUUCGCGCUUCUUGUAACAACAGUUUUCGAUUUUUUUUUUUAGGAAACCUGCUUGGACCUGUUGUCAACACUACUAUCCAGGGUGGCCUGGAGAAGUUUUUCCGUCAACCCACUGGAUGUGGGGAGCAAAAUAUGAUUUAUCUUGCUCCGAACGUCUACGUUUUAGGAUAUUUGAGUGCUACCAAGCAGCUAUCUGGGAACAGUGAGGAAAAUGCUUAUCGUUUCAUUCAGUCUGGUGAGCUCAGGGUUAUAGCGUUUAAAUUCAACGCGGGACGCAUACUAUUUGGGUAUUUUUGUCUUAUCAAAGCCUCACCCUUAAGGCACAAAAAAGUGCUACCGUGAAUAUUUUAAGUCAAUUAUUGUGUUAUAAUACCGAUCGUGGUAAAGUCAAAUCUCUUUUAGGGCCUAUCAUGAAGCUCUCAGAACGUGUUGUCUAAUAUUAGCCAUCGAACCAAUCGAUGUAUGACUCACACAAUGUCCCUUAUGCCUAAAACCAAUAGCGGCGUUGUUUUCAAAGGCCAACGAAAACGAAGGCACCAGCCCAGCGAGGGGUAUUGUACUAAGUAGCAAAACUCUCUUCAGGCCCUUUUUAUAGGAGAAAACCUGUCCCGGCCCGCGGGAAGAAGGGUAACCCGGUCAUCCGAGUCAACUGAAGCGAUCUUUUAUGUGACAAAAAGGUUGAUCCCUCUGCCCGAACCAACAGCUUUCACGCAUGCUCUGAUUGUCUCACCUUGACCGUUAUACAGGGUAGAAAAGUCACCGCCUACCCUGGGCUAACCACAUUUUCUUCCAUUUUCUUUAUAAAAUUUGGCAAGGCGUUUAAACUAGAAAAAAAAAGUUGACUCGGCUAGAAGGGCGACCUGUCUAGAUGUUUAUUCCUUAUGCACAGAAUUUCUCGGCUAAUUGUCCCUUUCUUGAGUUAACUUGGUCGCUAAAUAGAGGUUCGACUGUAUUUCCAUCCCUGACGCUUUUCUAGGAUACCAAAGAGAACUGAACUAUCGUCGCAAUGACAAGUCCUUUAGCGCUUUUGGAAACAGGCGACCAGGAAGUACAUGGUUUGUAAAUAUUCAGUGCUUUAUCAUUGUCUGGAUAUCUUUAAUCUUUCUAGAGCCUGUCAUUUUCUAGUUAACAGACUGCUUGCGAAACAAGUUUUAACCCGGGCAGCAGUUCUAUCUAUACUUCACUUGCUUUUUUUCUGUUUGAAGGCUGACAGCUUUUGUGAUGAGAGUAUUUUGCCGGGCUAAACAGUUUCCUGGGAUCAAUGUGGAUGAAAACCUUGUUUGUGAGUCAGUGCAGUGGUUAAUUCAGAAUCAGCGCGGAGAUGGUGCCCUCCCAGAGGUCCACCAUGUCAUUCAUAGAGAGAUGGUGGUAUGUAAGCUCUGUAGUGUUACCUUUAAUGGAACUCGGGAUCUAUAAAGGUUGUCGCGAAGCAAUUCUUAGCGAAUGUUUGUCUGCGUAACGAAAAGAAGACAAUGGAAAGUAAUGUUACUGCACAAGCUAACAAAUGAAGUGUGUUAAAAUUAAUUUACGAAUUAAAAACGCCCGUACAUUUUACCGCAGUUUAGUAGGGAAUAAAUAUAUGGUUCUCAGUAAUAAAAUUACUAAUUUAUUUUGCCUUUGAUGGGGGCUAUUCUGCUUCAGGCUAGGGUCACCUUCCAGUUGAUUUAUACAGGAACCUGAUGGGGCAAUCUCCGAGAAAGUGGGUUGUGGACUUAGGUUCUCUGAUCACAUUUAUGUGGCCAAAACUGUUUAGAGGACUGCAAAUAGAUGCUGACCGUUCGGACAAAUAUUGGCAUUUAAAUCCUUGAUGCAUUCAACUAAAUAUUAAUUAAAUGUUUUUGUAAAUGGAUAAACUAAGGCCUAUUUCUCACGCAUUUAAAUUCUUUUCUUAUUUAAGGGAGGAAUAUACGGUAACGAGGGAGACGUUGCCAUGACAGCGUUUGUUUUGUCGACUCUGGCAGAAUGCAAGUGCAACGGAGUGGUAUGUGUUUGAGUUACUUCAGGUUAACUUGGUGAUAAUUUUAAUACAAGAAAAUCAACUGGUGAAAUAUCAUUAAAAAUAAAUAAAGUACUACUGAAACAAACUGAGAAUCCAUACCACAGCUUUUCAACUGUUUCUUUCAUCAGUUUAUAAGGUAAACAAGGUAUCAUCAGUUUAGCUAUAUUUUAUGUUCCGGGCUACAUAGGCAGCGGAAAGUUUUAAAAAAGUGUGGGGUUGAUGGGGAGAGGGAAUCACUCGUUGUACAUCACGCCAAUCGCAUACCCCUCCUCUAAUUUACCAUUUAAGCAAUAGAAAACGUUUUCCGUGUUUGCAUAGCCUGAUACAAACACGAGAGGGGUUAGGAGAAUUAGAGACAGUUAUGCAAACCCGAGACAAAGUCGAAGGCUUGUCUAACCGUCGAGAAUUCUCCCAACCCCUCGAGUGUUUAUAUCAGGAUAUGCAAACACAGGAAAAAGUUUUCUAUUGCUUUUAUAGAAUAUCUUUCCCGAGAAAAAAAGCAAAACUCUCUUGUUUAGAGCUGUGAUUAAAAGAGAAAUUCUUACCAGUCGCGAAGUCUUGCACACGAAGUUUGCACGCGUUAUCAGUCCUUGUUUUGCAAAAAAAAAGCCUUCCAAAAUACGCGUUUUUCACGCUUAAAAUGUCAACUCAAGUGAAAAA